AUGAGCGACGACGCGGGCGAGGUUUACUGCUCCAAAGACGUGACCACCAAGGUCUUCCAGAAGCUGGCCUUGAAACAAGAGAACCGAGUGUGCUUCGAUUGUGGCACCAAAAACCCAACCUGGACCGCAGUACCCUUCGGUGUCAUGCUCUGCAUCCAGUGCUCCGCGGUCCACAGAAACCUGGGGGUCCACAUCACGUUUGUCAAAUCCUCCAACCUGGACAAAUGGACCGUCAACAACUUGCGAAGGUUCAAACUCGGGGGGAACCACCGUGCGCGCGAGUACUUCUUGAAGCAUAACGGGAAGCAGUUCCUGGGAACCAACGUCGAUGCCCGUAUGAAGUACACCAGCAGCGUGGCCAAGAAUUACAAAGCGCAUUUGGACAAGAGAGUCGCCCAGGACAUGGAGGCUUACCCGGGCGAGAUCGUGCUUUCCGCCGAAGACGACGCCGCGGACACCUCGUCGGGCUCUUCGUCUGUGAGUUCUUCCAAAAACAACAGCGUGGAUGAUUUUUUCUCCAAUUGGGAGAAACCUGCCGCCAGUUCGCCCUCCCCAAAGAUCUUGAGUCCCGUCUCCACCGGCAACUCGAGAAACGGUUCCAAAACGUCACUUCUCUCCUCUAGCAGCUCUAGAAGAAGAACCGCCACUGCUCCAACUGCAACCAAGAAACACUCCAUCCUGUCUUCUAGCCGAAAACCAACCAGACUCGCCGCCAAGAAAGUCGACAAAUCCGAGGCCGAGGAUCUCUUUGACGAAUUCGAAAAAGCCGCUAAGCAGGAAGAACAAGAUGCCCCGGUCCCACGUAUCACUUCCAAGAAGGUGGUCAAUGCAGAUGAGCCCAAACCCGUCAAGAUAACUUCCCUUUCCCACACUUCGGAAACUUCAGAAUACAACGACGGUGUUGCAUUUGACGAGAUCAAGAAAGAGUCUAUACAACCCAGCGUGGAGUCACUUCAGCCAAAGCUUGCCAAGCUCGGCUUCGGUAUGACCAUGAACGAUGCCAAUGACCUAGCUGCCAAGGCCCAAGAGGCCAAAAGGGCCGCCAGUGGACCUAAAUACACCGGUGAAGUAGCGUCCAAGUUUGGUAACCAGAAAUCCAUCUCGUCCAACCAGAUGUUCGGAAGAGGUGACUACGAUGAGGCUGCCUCCAAGGAGGCGCAAGAUAAGUUGAAGACUAAUUUCAAUAAUGCCACCUCGAUCUCAUCCUCAUCUUACUUUGGAGAAGAAGAGGAAAAAGACGAAUUCGGCCGCCCAGUAGUGCAUGGUCAAGGCAACAACGGGUUUGUGGACUUCAACAGCGGCGCUGAUGACGAAUUCCAAAUGUUGAAAGAUGUCGUGGAGCAAGGGGCACAGAAAUUUGGGAACUAUCUAAGGGAUUAUUUGAGAAACUGA